GCCACGCUCAGAGUCAUACUGACUCGCAACUGAGUCAUAAUCGUACCGGCCGUGUCCUGAAACGAGCCUGAUAUUCGCGAUAUGCUUUAUGAGGAUGAUUGAUGAUUUUGAGUUUGUUUGCAGGAAAAAUAUUUGAGCAUUUUGGAGCCUGAAAAUCGUCUUGCAGAAUCCGUUCUUGAUCUUCCUCGUGCGCUCAUGGCGUGCGUCCAGCGGAAUGAUAGUAGCGAGUUUGUUCCUUUGUGAAGGAUGUUGCGCGUAAAGCCAACCCAUUGCUAGAUAUAGAGUUGUGAUCGUGCUGCUAAACAGCCAGUAUAGAUUUUGUGUCCGCUAAAGCGCACACCGCUGUAGUUAUGGUGUUACGACCAACGCGGUAGUUGUCUUUACGCUCGGUCCCACAGCUCCCUAGCAGUCCGUGUUCUCGUGGGGUUUUCGCCUGGGGCCCUUGCGAGCCAUGGGAGCGGAGCAGUCGGGAAACAGAACUAGUUCUGUUAGCGGUCGUGCAUUGAGCGGACUUGGCAAGAAGCUCCAACGAACCAAGGACACAGCUUCGGUUGUCGGCGACGAUGUUCACGCAGAGCGCCCGCUACCGUCGACACCUGGUGGCGCGGGGAUCGACGCUUCGCGCGACCCGUCCGCAGCGCACCUACCUGCCGACGGUGGCGGAGCUGGCGGAGCGGGCAGCGAUCAGAUGGUCAUUGUGCUGCACGACUUCGUGGCAACGGACGAGAGCAUGAUACCGCUGACCGCUGGCGAGGAGGUGCUGGUCCACUGCUACGACAACAGCGGCGGGGAGUGGUGCCAGGCGCAGAACCGCAACGGCAUGAUCGGCUGGGUGCCGACCAACUACCUGACGAAGCCGAACAGCCUUGAGAAGUACAGCUGGUACCACGGGCGAAUAUCACGCAACGAGGCCGAGUACCUGCUGAAGAGCGGCAUCAAUGGCUCGUAUCUGCUGCGCGAGAGCGAGAGCAUCCCCGGUCAGCACUCGAUCUCGCUGCGCUACGAGGGCCGCGUCUACCACUACCGCAUCAACAAUGACCAGGCGGCGAAGACGUACUACAUCACGCAGGAGGCGCAGUUCUUCACGCUGCCGGAGCUCGUCCAGCACCAUUCGACGAACCCGGACGGCCUGACGACCACCCUGAAGUACCCGGCCCCGAAGAAGGACGCUCCGCCAGUGUUUGGCCUGCCGGACGUGGACCGCUGGGAGAUUGGCCGCACCGACAUCGAGAUGGGGCAGAAGCUCGGCGGCGGACAGUACGGCGAGGUCUACAAGGCACACUGGAAGAGCUUCAAUCGCGUGGUUGCCGUCAAGACUUUCAAGGAGGAUACAAUGCAGGCCGACGAGUUUCUAAAAGAAGCCAGCGUUAUGAAACAGGUCAAGCACAAAAACCUAGUACAGCUGCUCGGCGUGUGCACGCGAGAGCAGCCGUUCUUCAUCGUCACCGAGUACAUGCCCAACGGCAACCUGCUCGACUUUCUGCGCGCCGACGAGAACUCCAACCUGGAGGCGGUCACGCUCAUGUACAUGGCAACGCAGGUUGCAGCAGGCAUGGCGUACUUGGAAUCGCGUGGUAUGAUUCACAGAGAUCUGGCAGCCAGGAAUUGCCUAGUCGGCGAAAAUCAUCGCGUGAAAGUGGCAGACUUUGGUCUGUCUCGUCUCGUAACGUCCACGAAUGAUGUGUAUGUGGCACACGAGGGUGCCAAGUUCCCUAUCAAGUGGACGGCGCCGGAGUCACUCGCGUACAACACGUUCUCGUCCCAGUCAGACGUAUGGUCUUUCGGUAUUCUCCUCUGGGAGUUAGCAACAUACGGUAUGUCACCGUAUCCCGGGAUAGAGCUGAGUCUGGUCUACGAGAAGCUUGACAGUGGCUAUCGCAUGCCAUGUCCCGAUGGAUGUCCGGCCGAAGUCUACGAACUCAUGCUGAAUUGCUGGGAGUUCUCUCCUGAUGAUCGGCAAACGUUUGCACAGAUUCAUCACAGCCUGAAUACAAUGUUCAGCAACACCAACCUUCAGGAAGGUGAUACCUGCCCUGUAUAUGAUGACGCUAAUGCUCUUUCUGGUGCAAGGCUCAGUCAAGUCUUGGACAUGGAUGACCCGUUGGAGGGUGCCGACGACGAAAUUGAGCCACCAUUCCGACCGCCGUCGCAGCAGCAGCUUCCGCCGGCAUCACACGAGGUCAUUGCGCCGUCAGGACCAGCCGGUCUUCCGUCCCUACCGGGCUCCUCUCAGCCGCCAGCACCUGCGGCCAAGCAGGAACGGAGUCCCAACCCGGGACGCCGCCUGCCGGACAAGCCGAUGCGAGCGGCCAACACGCCGACACCAACGCCAGCGCCCCUGGGCCACCACCAGAAGGCGGGGGACGCGUCCCUGCCUCCGCUACCGUCCAGCGCUCAGUCACACGUCUCGCACGUCUCGCAUGAGGACAGCAAGGAGCUGCCGCCGCUGCCGCAGGUUCCCGGGGGUGGUGACGCCGGGCCAACCGGCUCGCCCGUGCUGACACCCUCGCAGCAGUUCCAGUCGCAGUCGUCCACCACGGACAAGCGGCCGACGCGAGGGCCACCGCGACCACCACCGGCCCGUCACUCGACGCACCGCGUGCCCAAUCGCCCAGUGCCCACGCCCCCGCCCAAGUCACCUAGCGGCGCUGGUGAACAGCCGGCCGCGUCGACCUUGCCCGCACCUCCCGCCAAACCGCUGCCGCAGCACGCCGGCGGCUCAUUGCCCGUACCACCGCAGACGUCGUCACGGUCGUCCACCGUUCCCUCACCGGCGUCAGCCGUGGAUCAGCGUAUGUACGACGACGAGUCCGUUCUCUCGUCAUCGCCCGGUGGUCUCCGGAUGGACUCGCCCGCACUGCGUGGCACUCCGCCUCUACACCGUGGAGGAGGUGGUGGCGGGGACAGCUCUGCAGAGGAGCAAGUUCAAACGUCACGCUCCCACCACCACCAGCACCACCAGCAGCAGCACCUGCACCAGCAACCGCAGCAAACGUCAACCCUACCGCCUCUACCCGGUGCGGCAGUGACGAUGACGAACAGUCGAGAGAGUCCGGAGCGGCCGUCAAGCCUGCCCGACGAGCGUCGGCCGCCGGCUCCUCGGCCGCAGGGAAAGCGCCUUCCUCCCGCACCGGCAAGCAAACCACUGUCAUCAUCGUCGUCGCUGACGUCCGCGGAGGACGUGAGUCCCCCCGGAGUCGGAGGUGGGCCGCCCGGCACGGCGUCCAAGCCUCUCAAGCGUGCCAUGAUGCCUCCGCCACGGCCAACGUCGCAGCAUCAGCAACAACAGCUGCAGCAGCAGCAGCCGAUGACGGUCAGACGCGAGGAACCGGCCGUGACACCCCCACCCUUGGCCUCCUGUUCUUCCUCCGACGAGCCGCUGUCCAACGGUGGAGGGGGUGGUGACACCAUGGAAACGACAUCGUCGAUGGUGCGUGCGCCCGGGCCACCGUCGCGCCUCCCGCCGCAGCCGCAGCGCAAGCCGAAACCUCCGAUGGCCGCCAAGCCCUCCACGGCCAAGAAGCCGCCCAUGGCGCGCGGCAGCUCCACCAACUCCGUGACCGGGCAGUCAGGCAUUGGUGGCGGUGGUGGGAGCAGUAGUAGCAACAGCAGCACCAGUGGCGGAGGCGGAGGUGGCUACGGCGAUACACCUGCGGAUCAGCUGGCCGCCAUGCUGGACGACAUCCAGAGCAAAGACCCUCUCUCUGGCGGCGCCGGAGGACAGCGUGCGUCGUCGCAUUUGACCGCCCGACGCCGCAUCGACGCCUUCUGCUCGGCCGUCUUCGGCAUGGCGGACGGCGCGCAGGCCAUGAUCGACAGCGGCGAGAUCACCGCCAGUCGAAUGAGCCUGAUACAGAUGCGCAACGCCGCGUCCUCCGCCCAGGCCAUCGCCAGCAGGUGCACGGGAGCGUCGGUGUCCGAAUCCGACAUGCCCGCGCUGGAGAAGGCCAUCACCAACGCGGUGACAAACGCACAGAAGGUCGUCAAGGCAGCACGGCUGUGAUUCGUACCACAUCCGCACUUGUCCGGGCCAUCUCCGCGAGUGACGAUGCACUGAACAACAGCUGUUCGUGCUGCUAGCUUGUUAUUGGUAGCACUGUAACGAGAUGCAGCAGCCAUGUGUUUGUGUCUUGUGCUGCCGCUAUGCGCUGGUUCCUAGCUGUAGCCACACACACACACACAAAAUGUGCAUAUGAGGACCGGCCGGGCAUACGGCGAGAACUUCGCAAGUCGUUAUCGUGGCGUGCGCCCUGCUGCUCGCACUGUCGGCGGACUACUUGCCUGCUGCCAUGGUCACCAGGAUGGGCUCUAAGUCGGCAUCACCAUGCCAACCCAGUACACACACACACACACACACACACACACACACACAUGUACACACACGUACACACACACACAAAAAAACACACGAAAAACACACACACAAAAUACACACACACGUACACACUCGCGUACACACACACACGUACACACGUACACACAAAAACACACACAUAAUAUCUAAUCUAACGGCCAUGUGCACGGUUGUACGAGAGACUCGCUUUGAAGAUAAUUUUUCUCCUUUUUCGGACUGCUUCCGACCGCCCUCAUUGAUCAUUUCCAUGGUGAUAUUUUUGAAUUCUUGUGCAUAAUUUGACGCAUGUCCCCGACCCUUGCAGUUGAUCCUGAGCUUUCCAGCCCUCCCCCGAGAGGCGUGAUUUUAUAAAUCGUUUCACCCUCACCCUCGUGGCAAUUUUCAAUUUCGUUUCGUGUCGUCAGUGUUUGUUAUUCUAUGCCCCCUCCCCCUCCGCCAGUCCCCAUGCCGUUUUCUCCCGAUCACGACCAAUAAUUAUGGGAUUUUUGUUGCUGUUUCUCUAAAUGGUCAGUGCCGAAAGAGUAGUAUUUUUCCGUUUCGAGUAUGAAGGGUGUGUGUGUGUCCUCAUAGUAAACAAAGUGUUGCAUGCUGAAAUUGAGAUCCUUUUGAAUUCUAUUUUUUUUGCAAUUUACAUGAUUGCACUCAUCUUCUUCUUUUUGUCAUUUUCCUGCACCCCCCCCCCCCCCACACACACACACACACCUUACGUGACAGAUUUCAGGAGUGCAGCCUUCAAGAAAAAAAAUUAGCAUCGUGAUCUUAUCGCGGCGGGAUAUUGGCUCCGUCAGUCGUACUUGCUUCCCCAGCGCCUUGCUGUGUGUUCGUUGCUCUUUGUCGUGUGCGAGUGGGUCCAUUAGAACCAGGGAGUAGUAACAUACCGGCAUUUUACUACACCCUGAUUAGAACUCUCCCCAUAGUGGUGGUGGUGUUGUGUGACCAUUCGUUGUCGCAGUAAAUAUUAUUCUUUUUGCAGAUUGUACAUAAUUAUCUAUUAAAACUAACCCAGUGUUCCUCCCAAUCACAGUUCCCACGUAUUUUUUUAACGUUGUGCUGUGAUGUGUGUUGGAUCUAACACCUGAGCUCUUCUUCUGUUUUCAGCCCACAUGAUUUCCUUUCCGGCGUGUCGACCGGAACUUGCAUUUAAUAUGCUUUGAUAUUUUCUGCUGAAAAAUGAACGCCGCGUUGUC